AUGGCGUGCCCUCAUCUGGAGACCAUAGCCCCAACUCUGCAGCCGCCGACGCCCAUCCAAUCUGUCUAUCGAGAGGACUGCACCCAGUGCUUCGACUCCCGUGACGAUCCCGCCGGCGUUGAUGUCUGCCUCCAGUGCUUCAACGGCGGUUGUGCUGGUGAUCGCAGCCACGCCCAGCUUCACCGACGGCUAUGGGAGCACCCUCUCGUGCUGAAUAUUCGCCGCACCCGCAAAGUCGUCGUCCGAGAUGAGCCUCCGCUCAAAAUGUCGAAGCUGGCUAUCGCCGCCGAGACCGAAGAAGACCGAUUCGACACCACAACCACCGUCAAGUGCCUCGAGUGCAACCAAGAGCUUGACAGGACAAGUGACAAGCUUGCAAAUGUCGUCGAUGGAAUUAUGAAGGCCAACACCUUUUCCCGCAAGGAGGAGGUCAAGGCUUGGGAGCAGGAGCUGACCAGCUGCGAGCACAUCUUGCUUAUGCAGCAGUCGGAGCCCCGAACCAUUCAAUCCGGCGAUCUUGGACACUGCUCGGCCUGCGACUUGCACGAGAACCUUUGGCUCUGCCUGGAGUGCGGGAACCUGGGCUGCGGCCGCAAGCAAAUGGGCGGUGUCGAUGGUAACUCCCACGCCCUCGCACACUCGACCGAGUCUGGACAUGGUGUCGCUGUCAAGCUGGGAUCCAUUACCCCCGAGGGUACUGCAGACGUCUACUGUUACAAGUGCGAUGAGGAGAGAAUUGACGGAGACCUUGGCCAGCAUCUGGGCCACUGGGGAAUCAUCUUGGCCGAUCGACAGAAGACGGAGAAGAGCUUGACGGAGAUGCAGAUUGAGCAAAACUUGCGCUGGGACUUCAGCAUGACUACUGAGGACGGAAAGGAGUUGAAGCCUCUCUUUGGCGCCGGCUUGACUGGCCUCAAGAACCUCGGUAACAGCUGCUACCUUGCCAGCAUCGUCCAGUGUCUUUUUGAUACCCCCGCCUUCAAGAACCGCUACUUCUUGCCUGCCCGCGACCUUCCCGUUGUCCAUGACCCUGCGGAGGAUCUGGAGACCCAGCUUCGCAAGAUGGCAGACGGCCUGAUUUCAGGCCGCUACUCGAGGCCUGAUUCCGAUGCUGUCCCAUCUGAUCAGUCCCCCGACCUCCCGACACAGAAGGGCCUGGCACCCGCCAUGUUGAAGCACUUGAUCGGCAGAGGUCAUGCCGAGUUCUCGACCAUGCGCCAACAGGAUGCCUUUGAGCUGUUGCAGCACAUUUUCAAGCUUAUCACUCGUUCACCGCAUCCCCCCGACCUUGGAGACCCGACCCAGCCUUUCCGCUUCGUUCUUGAGCAGAGGUUGCAAUGCCUUGGAUGCAAGAAGGUCAGGUACUCGACUAAUGAGCAAGACAACAUCUUCAUCGACGUCCCAUUGGAGAAGCUUCCCGCCGAGGAGGGUGCCGAGGCGAAAGCCGAUGCGUACAAGCCGGUCACGCUCAAGGAGUGUCUGGAUAAUUUCACCGCCGAAGAGGUUGUGGAGUUGACGUGUUCUGCAUGUGGAAGCAAGGACGGUUACACCAAGCGAUCUCUGUUCAAGACGCUCCCUGAGAACCUUGUCGUCAAUGCUAGGAAGAUGGCUGUCAUCAACUGGGUUCCGGUCAAGAUCGACGUCCCUGUCAUCGUUCCCGACGAGCCGUUCCUCCUCGACGACUACCUCUCCAAGGGUCUCCAGCCAUUGGAAGAGACUCUUCCGGAUGAUGUCGAGGAAAGUGCCCCUGCGUUCGUCGCCAACCCUGAGGCCUCCAGCCAGCUUGAAGCCAUGGGCUUCGGCCGCAACAGAUGCGAUCGCGCCCUCCACGCCACUGGCAACUCCGACGCCAACGCCGCCAUGGAGUGGCUCUUUGCCCACAUGGAAGACCCGGACAUUGAUGAGCCUCUGGUUCUAAGCGGCGGUGCAGGCGCCAAGGGUGAUGCGGCGGAUCCCGAAAAGAUUGAGAUGCUCGGGGCCAUGGGCUUCUCCGUGCCACAGGCGAAGAAGGCGCUGCGGGAGACCAGCGGUGAUGUUGAGCGAGCUGUCGAGUGGCUCUUCAGCCACCCUGACGAUCAAGGAGUCUUUGACGACGAAGAGGCGCCUGCGGCAGCAUCCGACUCUGCUGCACCCAAGCCGGAGGCGGGAAGUGCUGCCACCCCUGCCAAGUACCAGCUCCAGUCCAUCUCCUGCCACAAGGGCACAAGCAUCCAUGCUGGGCACUACGUAGCCUUCAUUCGCAAGGAGGUAGACGGCCACCCCGCUUGGGUCCUCUUCAACGACGAGAAAGUUGUUGAAGCGGCGGAGAUUGAGGAGAUGAGAAAGUUUGCCUACGUUUACUUCUUCAAGCGAGUCUAG